UUUUUUUGUGCAAAUACUUGAUUUCAUUCAUUCAAUCAAAACAAACCAAAUCAAAGUACAAUGAUAGGAAUGAUUCCAAGAUCCCAAUGUUUAUAACAUGAAAAGAUAGAGUGUUCCCUAAUGCAACAUAACAAUAGAUUAGGUAGUCCGACUUGUGAUUCAUAAGCGCUUGGAGACAAAUGUUAGAAAGGAAAUUGGCACAAGCAAAUCCAUGGUGAGUCGAUAGUGACGGUUGAUUGAUUUCGUGAUGUUGAAAAAAAUUCCAAGACUUUGAUUCUUGCUUGCAUGAGACGUUUUACACAGUUUAUCAUAAAGGUAAGGAAGAUCGGUAGCUUACACAGUUUAGAAGCCAAAAGCUGAGGAUGAAAACUUGUAAAUAGAGUUCUCUUCGUAUAAGAGAAGGAGAUGGUUAGUUUCUCCAUAAAGAAACCAAUUGAAUUCAUGGUUUCUCAUUGAGCGAGGGAUAAGGAUUCGGAAGACUCUCAUAGUCGGAUAGCCUUAGCUUUGUAGCUCUAAGAAAUAGGUCGGGAUCUCUCAUGGAAGAUGCAAUAAUUUUUUGUGGGAGCUUGAUCUGAUCCGUAAAGAUGUUGGUGAUUGUGAGAUACUUGAGAUCAUUUUAAAAUAUUGUCGACCUAAAGUGAACGUACAUAGAGGAUCCAUUAUCAAAGUCGCACCACCGAUCAAGGAUCAUCAAGUUUAUGCUUUCAUAAAACGUGGCCAGAGUUGAGUUUAGCGAUAAGGUUCCUAGAUGAUAAGCGCAAGACCAAUUCAUCAAAAUCGAUUCACAUCUCAUGUCAUGUCCUCGGCCACAUAGGGUUACUCCGAAUUCUUCUUCGUGUCCCUCUCCGAUUCUCUGCACGUUGUCGCUGUUGUUUCCUCUGAAAUCGUCUCGAAUUGAAGGAUCUUGGAUCUUUUUUUUGCUGCCAUUGAUCGGUUCAUCUUUCAAAUAUGACGAUCCCUAAUUCCGAUUUCAUGAUCGAGAACGGAGUCUGUGAUUUUCCGACUACUCCUGAAGAAGAGAAACGGAUUGUAUCGGAGCUGAUUACCGAAUCGGAGGAUAAUUUGAAGGAAGGGAACUUGUAUUUUGUCAUCUCUAAAAGGUGGUAUACAAGCUGGGAGAAAUAUGUUGAGCAAUCGACAAAAGAAUAUAUAAGUGGAGAGUCCUCUGAAGCUUCAAGGCCAGGACCGAUUGAUAACCAUGAUAUUAUCGAAAGUGAAAGCGACGUUAAUGAUCCACAACUUCGUAGAUUGUUGAUGGAACGGGUUGACUACGUUUUAGUUCCUCAAGAAGUUUGGAAAAGACUUGUUGAAUGGUAUAGCGGAGGUCCUCCGAUAGAAAGGAAGUUGAUCUGUCAAGGAUUUUAUACUAGGAGUUAUAGUGUAGAGGUUUACCCACUCUGCCUUAUGUUGACGGACGGACGAGAUGAAAGUAGAACUGUAAUACGGUUGGGAAAACAGGCCUCUAUAAGGGAACUUUAUGAGAAGGUUUGUGCUUUGACAGGGGUACCACAAGAAAAGGCUCAUAUCUGGGAUUACUUCGAUAAGAGGAAAAACGGACUCUUGGAUUCUUUAUCUUACAAGAGCCUGGAAGAGUCAAGCCUUCAUAUGGACCAAGAUAUUCUACUUGAAGUUGAUGGGUCGUCUUCCUCUCAGUCUGCUAUGAGCUCGACAGGAAAUGAGUUAGCUCUGGUACCUCUGGAACCUUCCAGGUCGAGUGUUACAAUUGCUGGGGGGCCUACCCUAUCAAAUGGUCAUUCCACUACGUCCAACUUUAGUCUCUUUCCGAGAAUAACUUCUGAAGACGACGGCAGCAAUUCUUUGAGUAUUCUUGGAAAAGGAGAAAAGGGAGGAUUAGCAGGAUUGAGUAAUUUGGGAAAUACCUGCUUUAUGAAUAGCGCUCUUCAGUGUUUGGCCCACACACCUCCAAUUGUUGAAUACUUCUUGCAAGAUUACAGUGACGACAUAAAUAGAGAUAAUCCUUUGGGAAUGUGUGGUGAGCUUGCUAUCGCGUUUGGUGAUUUGUUGAAGAAAUUAUGGUCAUCAGGAAGGAACUCAGUUGCACCACGCGCAUUUAAGACAAAAUUGGCUAGAUUUGCUCCACAGUUUAGUGGUUACAAUCAGCAUGAUUCUCAAGAACUGCUUGCUUUCUUAUUGGAUGGGCUGCAUGAAGAUCUGAAUAAGGUCAAACGAAAACCUUACAUCGAACUUAAAGAUUCUGACAGUCGUCCGGAUGAUGAAGUUGCUGAAGAGCUUUGGAAUUAUCAUAAGGCCCGAAAUGAUUCUGUAAUAGUUGAUGUUUGUCAAGGCCAAUACAAGUCCACUCUGGUUUGUCCAGCUUGCGGAAAAAUAUCAAUCACUUUUGAUCCCUUCAUGUACUUGUCUGUACCUUUGCCAUCAACACUUACGCGAUCCAUGACAGUUACGGUGUUUUAUUGCGAUGGAAGUCAUCUUCCGAUGCCAUACACAGUAAUAGUGCCUAAAAAUGGAUCUAUUAGAGAUCUCAUUACCGCAUUAGGUACUGCUUGUUUAUUAGCCGAAGAUGAGAGUCUUUUACUUGCAGAGGUAUAUGACCACAAGAUUUUUAAAUAUUUUGAGAAUCCCCUGGAUUCACUGAGUUCGAUAAAAGAUGAUGAGCAUAUUGUAGCCUAUCGGUUAAAUCAGAUGCCGAAAGGAUCAGGGAAAGCAAAACUCGAAAUUCUUCAUGGAGGGCAGAAAAGGCCUAUUCUGGAGAGUGUUAGAGGCAGAGAUGUGAAGCUCUUUGGAACUCCUUUUGUGACUUAUGUCAACACAGAACCACUAAGUGGAGCUGACAUUGAUGCAGUUCUCUCUCGAUUUCUGUCGCCUCUGCACAAGGUCCAUGCCCCAUCUAAGAUUCAUAACGGAAGUGAAAAUGGCCACCUUCCUGAUGCUACUGUUGACGAAGCAUCCGAAAUUUUAUCAUCCCCAGAUACCGAGAUAGACGAUGCAUCUGAUAGAGAGUUAUCCUUCAGGAUAUUCUUGACAGAUGAACGUGGUUUGAACUUUAAACCACUGCAGUCUGAAUCUUCCAUAAGCCUGGGUAUCGCUACAAGAGUUUUAGUCGAGUGGAAUGAGGGUGAGCAUGAAAGAUAUGAUUCCAGCUACUUGAGUGAUCUUCCGGAGGUUCAUAAAACAAGUUUCUCUGCAAAGAAGACAAGGCAAGAAUCGAUAUCCCUGUUUUCGUGUUUGGAGGCGUUUUUAGCAGAAGAACCUCUGGGACCAGAUGACAUGUGGUUUUGUCCGAGCUGCAAAGAACACAGACAAGCGAACAAAAAGCUAGACCUGUGGAAGUUACCAGAUAUUCUUGUGUUUCAUUUAAAAAGGUUCACUUACAGCAGAUAUCUCAAGAAUAAGAUUGAUACGUUUGUGAAUUUCCCAGUUCAUGAUCUAGACUUGAGCAAGUAUGUGAAAAACAAGAAUGACCAGUCAUAUCUAUAUGAACUGUAUGCCGUUAGUAAUCAUUAUGGUGGACUUGGUGGUGGCCACUACACUGCCUACGCUAAGUUGAUUGAUGACAAUGAAUGGUACCAUUUCGACGACAGUCAUGUGUCAUCUGUAAAUGAAUCUGAAAUAAAAAACUCAGCUGCAUAUGUUCUUUUCUACCGAAGAGUGAGAAGUGAAACAGAGACACAAACAGUGGAGAUGUCGACUGAUAUGGAUUAGACACAAAGAGUUGAUGCAUUUUUCUCAAAGACGCAUCUGUCUCGCAUGUCAGGUGAUGACACCUCUAUUCUUUAUUGAUUUUGAAGUUGGUGGUUUGGUUGGAGGUUCUGCUUCCGGUUUAAUGAUGUUAUUAUGAUCUCUGUGGAAUUUGAGGUAAUAGGUAACGGAAAUUGUUUUGAUUUGCGAAUUUUAUAGGUGAGGGGGUAAUAUUUUUGAACAGCUUUAGAAGUGUAGAAAUAUAGAUUGAUCCUUUGUUGUGAUGUUCAACACCAAGAAGAUGUGUAUCCUUUUGGAACCCAUUGAUAUUAAUACAUAAUAUCAUAUUAUUGAGCAGACAUGCAAAAAAAAAAAGCUUAUUAAUAAUUCCCUUUUUUUUAU